AUGUUGGUCUUAGUAUUUUUCGUGAUAUUUGCAACGAUUAGCAGUUGUCAAAGUACCCUUUGUCCUAAACAAUGCGACUGUGAUAUGACAGACGGCCUAAACAGGGCUACGUGUGUUGACCAAAAAAUUGUGAGUGUGGAUGUGGGUGUGCCUAAGGAAGUGCAAAUUUACAGUUUGACUAGAAAUGUCAUAAGUGAACUUGAAAACUUCUGUUUUAAGACUGUUGGCUACACCAACCUUCAAAGAUUGGAUUUAUCAUAUAAUCUAAUAUUUUGGAUUGGACUACACGCAUUUUCUGGUCUGGACAAAUUGGUGAACUUAGAUAUCAGUAACAAUAGACUAAGGUUUAUACCUUCAGACUUAUUCUGGGAUACACCAGAACUACAAAUAUUGGACUUGUCGUCGAACGUUUUCGAGAAACUGAAGAAUGAACCGUUUAUAAUACACCCAAAGUUAGAGGUUUUAAAUCUUAAUGAUUGCCGUAUUAAGUCAUUACCUGAGCGUCUAUUUAAUAGACUGCCCAACUUAAAAAAACUAGAUCUUAGUGAAAAUUAUAUGAUCACAUUCAAUUUGGACGUAAUACGACCAUUAAGAAAACUAGAUAGAAUAGAAUUAAGAAAUGAUUAUUGGCAAUGCAACCCUGACUUCAUCGCCGUCGAAACUUGGAUUACUUCUCACAACAUCAAAUAUGAAAAAAAAUGUACAAAGAAAUUACCGAAAAUGUCCGAGAAGAUGAUUUCAUUGGUUCCUAACAGAGAUAGCGUUGAUAUUGUAAAAGUAUGGAAUGUAACUAUCGAAAAGAAUAACACUAUUAAAGAUAAAACAAACAAGACGCUAAUGUUGACGCCAUUUCAAAAAUUUGAUCGAGAUUUUUCAGCCGUUCAAGCUUUUAUUAUUGGCCUCGAAAUAGGUCUAACGAUCGGUGCAUUCAUAACUUACAUUUGGUUAAUGGGGUGUUGCUUUCCGUCGUUUUGUAAGAGCGGUCAGGAACGACAAAGAAGGAGACAAAGAGAUGGGGAUAUGAGAACUAAUCUACUUAGGAGCCAUGUUUCAAAUCCAGACUUCGAAACUCCACCUGUAUAUCGUAGAGAAUUAUCACUACCUGACAGAGCUCCACCUUUUCCAUCGUAUGGCGCCGCUGGCUUGCAUGUUGACGCAAUACGCAUUGAAGAUAGGUCGGAAACACCUCCACCGCCUUAUAACGAAUGCCGUUUAAGUACAUAAUUUUUAGAAUAUAUAUAACUUUAUUAACUAGAAUUUAAGUGCUUUUUACUCAUUGUUAAAUUAGGUCGUUCCUUGUCCGCCAUACUGUAUAUAAAAUUUGUUUAUUAUUUAAUAUAAUUAACUUGUAUUUCUUGACACAAAGUCUUUUGUUGUGCUGCGCAGAAAAAGGCUGCAUGUACUACGUAUUGGUAAAAUUUAUCAAGUGGUUUCCGUGUGUGAAAUAUUAUUUGUCAUUUUCCACUUUUUUUCUUAAAAAAAAAAAAAAAAAAAAAAAACUUCAGACAAAGGAAACCAAAAUAAAUCAUCAUUUUGCUUCCACGACACUAACGUAUGGUAUCAGGCAAUUACUGGAGUAUAAUUUUGUAUAGACAGGCAAUGUUCAGUUAGAUUUAUUUAAUUAUUGUGAUUAUUCGAAUUGAAGUUUCCUAUUAUUGCUUAUUACUCUUAUCUAUUAAAAGUAACGUCUAAUUUGUCUAAAAUUAAUUUCAUAUAGUUUUGUAUCUGAUUGAGGCAUUUGCGGAAAUUUCCAUAAAUAUUUUUCUGCGUUUUUGGCGAUCUUAUACAUAUGUACAUAGACUUGCUAGCAUAAGUCAGCUUCAGUAUUACAGUAAGAAAUAAUUUAAGAAUAGGUAUGUAUAAGGUAAAUUAAAAACAUUCUGAACUGUGUAUUAUAGUACCUAAGUAAUACUUGUUACUCAAUGUGAUUUUUUUAAUUGUAUAAUUGUAAGUAUGAAAGAGACGUGUUCAUUUUAAUUAUGAUGUUGCUUAGCAACGCAUUUGAUAUAUGUAAGUCUAUUUUCUCUCGACAUUUGUGCUGUUUUAGUGUAGAUUUAAGGAAAAGUAGUUAACGGUUUGUGAUCCAACAUCAACUGCAACUUUAAGCAAAAAACUAUAAGAUAGUAUUUUAAUAUUGUUUUUAUUUACUUUUAAGACAAUUUUGUAUUUAUAGUUGAAAU